GGGAAGAUGGUGCGUUGCUUGUGCCAUGCCGCUGACGGACACUCUACAAGCAUUCAUGGGCAUUAAUUCGCCGUUCUCUUCAUCAUAUUCCAGUGCACAUUAUUGUUCAUCAGCGACAGUUUUGUCCUGACAGAAACGUCUGGGCCAACGACUCAGAGAUGCUGUUAUCGCAUCACCUCGUAGAAGCCUAACAGACCAUGAUGAAGACCGAAUCCUCAUCCUCCUCCAAGCCAGCGAGCACCACCGCGCUCCGCAGCCCCUCUCCUCACCGCAACGCGUACGAGGCGGCGGGGAUUCAGGCGCUGAAGCCGGCGAACGAUGUCAUAAAUAACGGCGACGCUCAGGAUGGCAAGCCUAAACUCACCAGCCGCGGUCGCGCGUACGGCUCGAACGUGCACCGCAUCAAAAACAUGUUCAUGCAGAUGGGCGCAUCCUCACCCACCGAGGUUGAAGACGCGCAAAAGGCAAACGGCGACGGCAAAGCGGUGCGUCUCACGCUCCCGCGGGCUGGCAGCCUGAACGAGAACGUGGAUCACAGCGCGCUGCUCAAACUAGGAUCUAGCGUCUCCGAGCGCGUCAACCGCUUCGAUUGCAAAACGGACGCGUCGCCCAGGUACUCGAAGCUGCAGGAGACAAGGAAGAUCUUUGAGCAGCAGCAGCAGGAGAAGCAGGCGGCUUCUAAUCGCGUGCUACUGAAGAAAGAGCGCGCCGCGGGCUUUCAUGAUGCGUCACGUUUGGAUGUGGUCGCGCGUUUUAACGGCAGCACGGAGUCGUUGGAUAGCCUGGACGCGAUCGGUGGGACCGGCGAGGCCGUGUCGCCCACUGUCAGCCAGCUCAGUGCCGUUUUCGAGCGGGCCGCCGAGCUGCGGAACAACCUGCACCGGCUAUCCAACACGCCCCCGCUGCCUUUACGCGGGGUCACCGGCCGGGUCGGUGCGCUCAACUCAAAAAUCAUCACCAAACGGGUACGCGCUUUUCCUUCAGGGUCAUACAAGGAGGAUGGGGUAAACCAGCACCAGGAUGAACAAGAUGGAAGGUGUAGCAGCCUCAAUGGAGCGUCUGAGCUUCAGGACAUUAUCACAGCUGUGGAUACAGAGUCUUUGGAUGAGAAAAAGACAAGGGAGAAGGAUGAAUCCAGUGCCAAUGAAUCUAAGACUCUAGAUAAGCGUAAGCCAGGACAGGCCUAUGCCACAGAGGCAAAAGGUACUCUUAUUUCUGCUGAUGUCCGUAAUUUGGAAAAUGGGGGAGUUACUUCCAAUGGAGAGGCUCUGGAGAGAGACACUAUGGAGUCUGGCAUCACCAGCACUGGGAGGAAGGGCGAGGAUGGACAUGCUCGUCCAUCAGUGGGGGUCAGUAAGAAGGAGGAUGAUGAUGGUACUCUGAAGGAGAAUUACUCUAAGGCUGAUUUGGUGGAUAUCAGUGCCUACAAUGCAGUAGGAGAAGACUCUGGUGGUAGUCAGCUCGAGGAUGAGGAGGAUGAAGAUGAUGUAUAUGAGCCACAGUCAAGCUGCUCUGAGGUUGCUGGAUUACCUGUGGAGGAGGAUCCGCCCCCAAGCCGGAAAAUUAAAUUCAGUACUGCACCCAUUAAG